UAAAAACUCCACACCAAAUUCACAAAAGAAACAGUAAAACAAAGUCCCUCACUCAACAGAUCAUUAUGCUCUUGGGAAAGUUGUUUGAUAUCCAAAAUUCCAUGGAUAUAGUUUCACGGCAAUUCUUGAUAGUUUGCUUUCUUGCGUCUCAAGCUCUUACUUCCUACGCUCAAACAUGUUCGAAAUAUAUCUUUUCAAGUGACCAAAUGUUCAGCUCAUGCAGAGAUCUCCCAGUGCUACAAGCCCAUCUCCACUGGAACUACAUUCCAUCCACCAAUACCAUCCACAUUGCUUACAGAGCCGCUCAAACAUCCGAAGGAUGGAUUGCGUGGGGUAUAAAUCCGACAGGUUCUGGCAUGGUUGGAACACAGGCCAUUGUCUCCUUCCGCCGUUCUAACGGCAGCAUGACUGCUUAUCCAACAUCAAUAAUGAGUUACAACCCUUCACUGCAGCCGAGUUCUCUCAGCUUUCAAGUCUCAAACAUCUCUGCAGAAUAUGCCAGCGGUGAGAUGACUAUCUUUGCUGUCGUGGGCCCUUUAGCUACCAAAACUUCUCUCAACCAUGUGUGGCAAGCAGGGAAUUCGGUUUCAGACAACAUUCCUCAGGGUCACCAAACUUCAGGGCCAAAUGUUCAAUCCAUGGAGACCAUCCAUUUCAAGUCGGGUUAGCAACAAAGAUAGAGAAGUUCAGAACGAUUCUAAAGUACUUAGCCCUCCUGCAAUCUAUUAGGAAUUACGAACAAGUUUCGUAGCUCAGUCUAUCGUUAUAUUGUUACUCGUGGUAUGAUAGUUAUUAUCAAGAUGGAUGUGUUCAAAUACCGUAGUCAUGCCAUUUGAAAUUGCCUUAUGCCAUAUAGCAUAUUCUGUAUCUAACAACUAUCUACUUAA